UUCUUCUUCUCUCACAAUCACCAACCAUGGCUGAGAUUGCGGUGAUGCUGCCCGAUGAGGUGACGACGGUGAUGGUGCGACCGCCCGCCGCGUCGACCACGACCAUCGACGACCUGCUCAACUCGCUCCUGCACAACUACCCGGCUGCCGUGACUGCCCUGCUCAACGUCUGGACUGCUCCACCCGGCGCGCCAGACGGCAUCUUUAGCCUCAAGUCCAAGUUUGCCCUCCACGAGCUCGCAGUCUCGUCCGAUGCUCCUUCCAAGGAAACCCUGCUCCAGCCGACCGAACGCCUGUCGGCAGUGCAAUCGCGCUGGAGCCACUUGAUGGAAGAAGGCAAGGUCCAGCUCGUGCAAGUGCGCCGCUCCUUCUUCUUCAAGCUCGUCAACACCGACCACGCCAUCACCAUCAAUUUUAACACGUUCUUCCGCAUGUCUCAGGGUGUCAGCGAGACGCACUUCCGUCUGUACAUCACCCCACUCAUGACCAUUGCUGAUGCGUCCGCCUUGGUCUUCAAGCGUCUCAAGCUGAAGGAGACCGAUCCCACCAAGUUUGGCAUUUUUGGUGCCGAAAAGGCUGAUGGCAUCGCCAAUCGCGAACUCGAGGCCACAGAAAACUUGCUGCAAUUGCGCGACGCGUGGGAAACCACCGACCCAUCCUUCUUCCAGUACCAGACCAAGGCAGACUUGAGCUCCAAUCUUGGCGCCGACAAGGAGGGCUGGCUCGAAAAGGAGGGCUUUAACGUCAAAUCGUGGAAGACGCGCUGGUUUGUGCUGAAGGGCACCAGCCUCUUCUACUACAAGGACCAGAAGGAUUCCAAGCCGCUUGGUCAGAUUGCCGAUAUCGACAAGGCUGAGGUGCGCACGAUCGAGCAUCCGUUCGAAGAUGCCAAGCCCGGCAAGAAGAACAUUUUCGCCACGCUCAAAGGCUCGUCCUCGUUGCGUCCGAAGGGCUCAUACUUUUUCGAGAUUGUGCUGCCCGACCGCACCUGGCGUCUGGCUGCCAACGAGAGCCAGAACAUUCUGGACUGGGUUGAGGCCAUCAAGGAUGCUGCCAAGCGCCUCGUCCACCGUGAGCGUUCCAUCCAGCAAGAGACCAUCAAGGCCAAGCCGCUCGCGUCUGCAGAAGGCAAGCUGGUCGACUCUGCUCAGACUGGCCGUGUUGAAUUGCCCGUCAAGGCCCAGCCCGCCCCCGCUGCUGCGCCUGCGCCUGCAGCUACCGCCGCCGCUGCAGCGGAUGACAAGCGCGUGUCUGUCGCCGUGUUUGAGAUGGACGACGAGCCGGAGGUUGUCUUGACGCCCGUGGCUGCCGAUUCCGCAUUCUCGGACAUUCUUGCACAAGGCGAGCCCAGCUGGGCUGCCCCGGCACCUGUCGCAGCAGCAGCAGCAGCAGCAGCUCCUGCUCCUGUCCCCGCUCCCCAGCCGACGCCCGUUGUGGCUCAGGACCCCGUCGUGGAAGCGCCAGCAGAAAUCGAAGCGCCUGCCGUCGCUGCCGCUGCCCCAGUGGACCAAAGUGCGCUUGCUGCCGCCCAAGCUGCCGCAGCAGCUCCUCGUCCCGAUUCGUUCCGCGUGAGCAAGGUCGGCGCAUCCUUCGAUCAGCUCGAGGGCAUGCUGAAUGAUCUCACUGCGUCCCUGGACUAAGUUCAUGUAUUCCUUUUCAUUUUGUUUUUGAGUGUGUUGGUCGUUUGUUGUGGUGUUGUAGGAAUGUUUCAGUUUGGUCUUUUUUUUUUUGAUAAUUACUGAAUUUUAACGCGUAUGACAACAAAACUGCAAGAAAGCG